UUAGUUCAGCCGUCCUUUGCUGCUAUUAAUAGAGAGAAACUUCUAGGGUUUUCUUUUUCUGAGCUUAUUUUUAUCUAUUAAAUAUCCAGGCUUACACUUUAGGACGUGUCUAUCAACAUUUAGGUAUCAUUUUCCUUGUUUUAAUAACGAAAGAUAGGGGGAAUAUUCAGAAAGAAAUGAAGAUUCUUAGAGUUUAUGGUCAACUUCUGUUGUCUGCUAUUGUAAUGACCGUCAGUGGACAAUCUGUGCCGAUGAUUCAUCCGAUAGCUUUCAGCCUCCCCUCGCCCCCUCCUUUGACCGGUCCACUACUAAUCAACAACGUGCUGAGCAAGGCUGAGAGAGUACACCCAAACUUGAUCAACGGACCCAGCAGUUUUGUCAGCAAAGGCGAUGACCUGUACGUCAGCACCAAGGACAACAAAAUUUACCAAGUGGCCGCCUGCCCACCUCGGCUGGUCGCCACACUUUCCCCGACAGGAUGUGCAACCAUCAACACGUGUGGACAACUGAUGAGCCUAAGGAUGGACCCAAUGAGUGGUCAGCUGGUCACUCUUGACGCCUACAGGGGUCUAUUUCUUGUCAACCCACUAACUGGGGCGGUGAAACAAAUUUAUUCCACGAUGACGCCAGUGAACGGUCGACGCCCGGUCCAUUUGAAUGAUAUGGUUAUCGCUCCUAAUGGCGUCAUCGUAAUGAGUGACUCCAGUGACACGUACACUUACGUAAACGAUGUUUAUAUUUGCAUGGACGGAAGGCCGACUGGAAGACUGAUCGUCUUUGAUAUGAAGACCGGUGCCGCGUCAGAGAUUUUGGCCAAAACGUUCAACUUUCCCAACGGGCUGGAGCUUACAGUAGACGGUGACCUGCUUGUGACGGAGACCUGUCGGGCCAGGAUACACAGGGUGAGUUUGAAACGACCCACAUGGCUACAGAUGAGUCCAUUUACGGUCAACCUGCCCGGACUCCCAGACAACAUCCGGUCGUCAGGUCGAGGGACCUACUGGGUCGCCAUGUCUUAUCCACGUCACGCUGGUAUCCGUAAUCCAGUGGAUCUCAACGCCAGAAAUCCACAAUACAGAGCCUCUGGGUUUAAUUGGGUCUCAAAAGACGAGCUGAGAUCCAUCUUUGCCAAAUGGGCGAUAGCUGUGGAGACAGAUGUUAACGGUACAAUGAUAGGCAGCCUUCACGACCCCACAGGAACCACACUACAGAUGUUGACAGAGGUUCAUGAAUUCGGGGGCGUGAUCAACGUUGGCAGCCAUCUUGUGCCGUAUAUGGCAAGAGUUAUAUUCCCUGAUGCCAGUGCGGUCAAGGCCAAGGUCAAUUUAGACGGUUACAUCCAGGUAGCGCGAAGCAGGUGUCAGCUGCCAGACAGUCAAGUGGCCAGCAGACGACAAGAGUUUUCCAAAAAUGCUCCAAAGCCGUAAAAGAUGUAGACUGUAGACGUAUAACCAAGCAGUUGACAAACAACAAAAGUUGACCAGAAAGUUCACAACCAUCAUAGAAGUAGAGAAAAUAGCUCAGUAAUGUGGAAUGUGGACAGACAUGUGUGAAAUUUGCUGUAUUUAAUGCAAUGUGCAUUCUAACACUAUGAGAUUAAUUAAUAGAAUGCUAGGCUACAGAUUAGAAAAGAUAGCUGUGACGUCUGUUUAAUGCUAAAUCCAGUGAAAGACACUUCAGACUUUAAGAAAAAAAAAGAGUAUUUUAUUAUUCGAAAUAUUUAACACACAUAUACAUGAAAAUAAAGAAAUUAUUUUAUUUCUACAACUUCGAAAAGUCUAAAAUUGCUAACAGGCUUUUUAAUAUUUUUUUAAUUAAGCGUUAAAAUGGUUACUAUAGUUGAUGUUGCUAGGGUAUGUUUGGGCUAAUUUUAACUGAGGAACUGUUUUCUUUUUGUCUUAUUAAGAUGAACUUCAGCUUUAGUCUUUGUGAAACCAAUUGUUACUUUAGUAUUAAUUAACUUAAAAAAUAACUUGAUAAAUAAACUUUCACAUUGUGUUUCUUUAAUUGCUUCUGUUUUCUAAUUCAAUAUCUUAAUUUUUUUUAAAAAUCCAAUCCAGUUAAUAAAAUCAAUAAACAGAGUGCAAACCA